AUGCUCUCGAGACUGUUCUGCGGAUCACCAUCAUUGCAGCUAUCCAACAAUGUUGCUGUAGCAUUCCGUUAUUUUUCGAAAACGACCUACAAUCCUGCGCGAUAUGCUGGGCGUCGAGUUGGUGAUGGGAGCUACGGUAUUGGGAGUGCUACACGUACAACAUUGAAAGAACGUCUUAUGGGACCUACUACAGGAAAACCAUAUGUGUAUGGAAGUGCAGCUUUAGCUGGGGCAUCAUUGCUUGGCAUUGGUGCCUUGUGCUAUUACGGUCUGGGUCUUUCGAAAGAAGGUCAGAGUAUCUUAAUACAAUCAGAAAUUUGGCCGACAUAUGUGCGAGACCGUAUAAAAGCAACAUAUGGUUAUUUGUUCGCAUCGCUUGGGAUAACAGCAGCUUCAGCCUUGGCGGCGUCAAGAUCGUUUCAAAUUUCACAAAUGAUGAUGAGAUCGCCAUUCAUUUCAAUGGCAGUUGUAAUGGCAAGCAGUAUCGCAGUAUCAUUAAUCGAUUACGAUAAUACAUUACUGAAGCAUGCAACUUGGAUCCUGCAUGCAGGCUUGAUGGGUGCGUUUAUAGGGCCAGUCUGUUUGAUGAGUGGUCCCUUAGCUGUGCGAGCUGCUUGGUAUACUGCGGCUGUCGUCGCAGGACUCUCAACAAUUGCUUUCACAGCGCCUUCUGAAAAGUUUCUGAUGAUGGGAGGCGCUUUAGCUAUGGCAUUUGGUGUUGUUUUUGCAUCGUCCAUUGGAACUUUCUUUCUUCCUCCAACGUCUGCAUUGGGUGCAAGUCUAAUGUCGAUCUCCCUUUAUGGCGGUCUGAUUCUCUUUUCAAUGUUUUUAUUGUUUGACACGCAGUUUGUUAUCAAACGAGCGCGGACGUAUCCCAUUUCGGAUACAAGUGAAGAGCAAAUUUACAAGCCGGGGUAUUACGGCAAUAUUGGUGCUGGGUAUUAUGAUGUUGCUGCACCAAAAAUACGUCGAUUUGAUCCGAUCAAUGCACAACUGUCUAUUUACGCAGAUGUUUUGAACAUUUUUAUUCGGCUGGCAACAAUGAUGAUGGGCAUGCAGGGUGGCAGAAAAAAAUAA